CCAAGAUCGCCGCCGCGCUGCACGCGCCCCGCGUCCGCCAACGCCGCGUGCUGAUGCGCGCGGCACCAUCGAGGCUCUGCAAAAAUGCCGGACGCCCGCGCGCGCGCGCGUCGGCCGUGCGUGCUGCGCAUCGUUCCGGCUGCCCCACUGUCUGGAUGCAAAGAAUGUGGUCGCGGAGGCGAGGCGAGAGCCUGCACGCCAUCGCCGCGACGCGACGUGACCCGCAGGUCAAUAAUCAUGUACAAACUCCUUCUUGUUCUCGCUUCGGCCCAGGCGCUCAAGCGCCCGCAGCGCGCGCUGGCCGUGCGUGGCGGCGAGAUCGACCCCAUCACGGUCGGCAAGGGCGUCGUGCUCGCCUCGGGUCUCUAUGGCGCGUUCGACCCGAAGGGGAAUCUCGACAAGUACGGUAUUAAGGCCGAGGCCAAGGGCCAGGCGGCGGGGCGCUGCACGGCCUGGAUGCAGAUCAUGUUCGCGGCCGCGCUCAACCUCGACCCGGAGUCCGUGCACGCGCAAAUGAUGUACCAUAUGCUCGCGGUGAUGGUCAUCACAGAACCUAUGUCUGAGGUUUUCGGGGCCCCGAAGGCUCCGAGCGUCAUCUGGAUGGCUAUUCUGGGCGCGGUCGGGUACAAGACCCUCGACGGGUCCCUCAACAAAUGGGUCGCCACGGCCAUCUUCCUCGCAAACGGUGCGCAGGCCUUCCUCGCGCCUGAUUCCAUCUGCGACAUGUAUGGAAUUAAGGGCGCCAACAAGAUUGUCAAGGCGAUGUUCAGUCUCAUGGGCGGCCAGAUGCUCUGCACCGGCACCUACCUCGGGGCGCUUCUCAUGGACAAGAGCCAGUCGGAGGCGUUCGCCUACGCCAUGGCCGUCAACGGCGCCGCCGCCGCGAAAUACGCCCUCACGGACGCGGACGACCUCAACGCCCCGAAGACCGGUGCGCUCGCCUGGGCCGCUAUCUCGGCGGGCCUCGCCUACAAGGCGCUCAACUAGACCCGUACUAGUAGAAGUAACUUAACUAACAAGU